AUGGUGAUGGCAUCCAUAACAGUGAAGGCUCUUGUCGCCCUCGCUUUGAUCCAGUCGCCUCUGGUUAUUGGCAUACCAACUGCCCCAGGGAUUCCAUCGGCGUCGACAGCCAAAACUGAGCUGGGAGACCUGACAGUCGCUGCUCAGGGGUCCCAAGACGGCUACUCCCGAGCCAAAUUUCCACACUGGAUUUCCCAAGGGAGUGGCUGCGACACGCGCGAUGUUGUGCUGAAGAGAGACGGCACCGGCGUGGUUCAAGAUAGUAGCAGCUGCUCUACCAGCAGUGGGAAAUGGAUCUCGCCAUACGACGGAGCCACCUGGACUGCUGCCAGUGAUCUGGACAUUGAUCAUGUUGUCCCCUUGUCCAAUGCCUGGAAGUCCGGAGCCUCUGAAUGGACGACUGCUGAUAGACAAGCAUUUGCAAACGAUCUCACUCACCCGCAGCUGCUGGCAGUCACGGACAACGUGAACUCGGCCAAGGGAGACAAGGGCCCUGAAGAGUGGAAGCCUCCACUUGCAUCUUAUUACUGCACGUACGCGGAGAUGUGGGUUAAGGUAAAGUCGACGUAUAACUUGACGGUGACCUCUGAUGAGAAGUCGGCGCUGAGCGAGAUGCUCGGUACGUGCUAG